AUGACAGCUGAUUUAAUUGUCAAAAAAUUCAUAAUGCAGAUUUUCGUGAAAACUUUGACUGGAAAAACGAUCACCUUGGAAGUCGAACCUUCAGAUACUAUCGAGAACGUUAAAGCUAAGAUUCAGGACAAAGAAGGUAUCCCCCCAGAUCAGCAGCGUCUGAUUUUUGCUGGAAAGCAGUUGGAAGACGGCCGUACUUUGUCAGAUUACAAUAUUCAAAAAGAAUCCACUUUACAUCUUGUUCUACGACUUCGCGGAGGUAUGCAGAUCUUUGUUAAAACCCUUACUGGCAAAACUAUUACACUUGAAGUUGAGCCAUCGGACACAAUUGAAAACGUUAAGGCUAAAAUUCAAGAUAAGGAAGGGAUCCCCCCAGACCAGCAGAGACUGAUUUUCGCUGGCAAACAACUUGAAGAUGGGCGUACCCUAUCUGACUACAAUAUUCAGAAAGAAUCUACUUUGCAUCUAGUACUGCGUCUGCGUGGUGGUAUGCAGAUCUUUGUUAAAACCUUGACUGGUAAAACUAUCACUCUAGAAGUUGAGCCAUCUGACACCAUUGAAAAUGUCAAAGCCAAGAUUCAGGAUAAGGAAGGUAUUCCGCCAGAUCAACAACGUCUGAUCUUUGCUGGAAAACAGCUUGAAGAUGGCCGCACCCUAUCUGACUAUAAUAUCCAAAAAGAAUCCACCCUUCAUCUGGUUUUGCGUCUCCGUGGUGGUAUGCAGAUCUUUGUUAAAACCUUGACUGGUAAAACUAUUACUCUAGAGGUAGAGCCAUCAGACACUAUUGAGAAUGUAAAAGCCAAGAUUCAAGAUAAGGAGGGGAUCCCCCCAGACCAGCAGAGACUGAUUUUCGCUGGCAAACAACUUGAAGAUGGGCGCACCCUAUCUGACUACAAUAUUCAGAAAGAAUCUACUUUGCAUCUUGUACUGCGUCUCCGUGGUGGUAUGCAGAUCUUUGUUAAAACCUUGACUGGUAAGACAAUCACCCUUGAAGUUGAGCCAUCAGACACCAUUGAGAAUGUCAAAGCCAAGAUUCAGGACAAGGAGGGGAUCCCCCCAGACCAGCAGAGACUGAUUUUUGCUGGCAAACAACUUGAAGAUGGACGCACUUUGUCUGACUACAAUAUCCAAAAAGAAUCGACCCUUCAUCUGGUUUUGCGUCUUCGUGGUGGCAUGCAGAUCUUUGUCAAGACACUUACUGGCAAAACUAUCACUUUAGAAGUUGAACCAUCAGACACUAUUGAGAAUGUUAAAGCCAAGAUUCAAGAUAAGGAGGGGAUCCCCCCAGACCAGCAGAGACUGAUUUUCGCUGGUAAACAGCUGGAAGAUGGCCGUACCCUAUCUGACUACAACAUCCAAAAAGAAUCUACCUUACAUCUUGUACUGCGUCUCCGUGGUGGUAUGCAGAUCUUUGUAAAAACCUUGACUGGUAAGACAAUCACCCUUGAAGUUGAGCCAUCAGACACCAUUGAAAAUGUCAAAGCCAAGAUUCAGGACAAGGAGGGGAUCCCCCCAGACCAGCAGAGGUUGAUUUUCGCUGGAAAACAAUUGGAAGAUGGACGCACUUUGUCUGACUACAACAUCCAGAAAGAAUCUACCUUGCAUCUUGUACUGCGUCUGCGUGGUGGUAUGCAGAUCUUUGUUAAAACCCUUACUGGCAAGACAAUCACCCUUGAAGUUGAGCCAUCAGACACCAUUGAGAACGUCAAAGCUAAGAUUCAAGACAAGGAGGGGAUCCCCCCAGACCAGCAGAGGCUAAUUUUCGCUGGAAAGCAAUUGGAAGAUGGACGCACCCUAUCUGACUACAACAUCCAGAAAGAAUCUACCUUGCAUCUUGUUCUGCGUCUGCGUGGUGGUAUGCAGAUCUUCGUAAAAACCUUGACUGGCAAGACAAUCACCCUUGAAGUUGAGCCAUCAGACACCAUUGAGAAUGUCAAAGCCAAGAUUCAGGACAAGGAGGGGAUCCCCCCAGACCAGCAGAGGCUGAUUUUCGCUGGAAAACAAUUGGAAGAUGGACGCACUUUGUCUGACUACAAUAUCCAAAAAGAAUCGACCCUUCAUCUGGUUUUGCGUCUUCGUGGUGGCAUGCAGAUCUUUGUCAAGACACUUACUGGCAAAACUAUCACUUUAGAAGUUGAACCAUCAGACACUAUUGAGAAUGUUAAAGCCAAAAUUCAAGAUAAGGAGGGGAUCCCCCCAGACCAGCAGAGACUGAUUUUCGCUGGUAAACAGCUGGAAGAUGGCCGUACCCUAUCUGACUACAACAUCCAAAAAGAAUCUACCUUACAUCUUGUACUGCGUCUCCGUGGUGGUAUGCAGAUCUUUGUAAAAACCUUGACUGGUAAGACAAUCACCCUUGAAGUUGAGCCAUCAGACACCAUUGAGAAUGUCAAAGCCAAAAUUCAAGACAAGGAGGGGAUCCCCCCAGACCAGCAGAGACUGAUUUUUGCUGGUAAACAACUGGAAGAUGGCCGCACCCUAUCUGAUUACAAUAUCCAAAAAGAAUCGACCCUUCAUCUGGUUUUGCGUCUUCGUGGUGGCAUGCAGAUUUUUGUCAAGACUCUUACUGGCAAAACUAUCACUUUAGAAGUUGAACCAUCGGACACUAUUGAGAAUGUCAAAGCCAAAAUUCAAGACAAAGAAGGUAUUCCCCCAGACCAACAGCGUCUUAUCUUUGCUGGAAAACAACUUGAAGAUGGACGCACACUAUCCGACUACAAUAUCCAGAAAGAAUCUACAUUGCACUUGGUUCUCCGCCUCCGUGGUGGUUGCUAAUUUCCCACUAUGCUUUCAACAAACUUAAUUCUGAUUAUAUUUAAAUUCUAUCUACCUAUAUCUUUGACUCACGAGAAUUGUAAUCAUUCCACUUACUGAAGAAAUAAAUAAGAUUGAUUGUAGACUUCCAAAUCGUUUUUUUUUUAUUCACCUACUCUAGAUAAUUUCUUGGUUACGUGCCACUCUAAUUUGUUAUUAGCUAAAAUACAACAGCAAAUAAAC